AUGCCGAUCCAAUCCCAGCUUGUUAUCUUCGACUUUGACUGGUCUCUAGUAGAUCAGGACACAGAUCGAUAUGUCUUUGAAGUUCUAGCCCCCGAUAUCCGUCGAAAAAUCAAAACACGCCAGGCAGAGGUUCAGUGGACUGACCUAAUAGCGAUGUCCUUGUUGGAGCUCCAUGGACGUGGCAGGACGCGAAAACAGAUCGAAGAUGCACUCAGGGUUCUACCAUUCCACCCUGCCAUGCAACGAGGUGCGAGAAACAUUAAGGAGAACCUUCGCAUCCCAACUACGCUCAUUUGCCUGUCAAACGCGAAUUUGGUAUUUAUCGAGACAAUUUUGAAGGAUAAGGCGUUCGAAGAUAUUUUCGAAGAAAUCAUCACUAAUCCUGCAGAAUGGAGGGACGACGGAGCGCUCAUUGUGAAGCGUCGCGUUUCACCGGACGGACCACAACAUUCUUGCACGACUGGUUGCAGUGCUAACAUGUGCAAAGGUGAGGAGUUGGAGAAUUACCUUGUACGGUGCAACAAGACAUUCGACAGAAUGAUUUAUGUCGGGGAUGGAAGCAACGAUUUUUGUCCAAUCUUGCGUUUCAAGAGGCAAGGAAACCGAUAUCGCCUGUGUCCGACGAUACCGUGGACUAGAAAGAGAAUCGCAAAUGAAGGCGAGAAAGCUGGCCUAAAGGCCAGCAUUCGGUACUGGGCGGGAGCUUGGGAAGUAGAAGAGAUCUUCAAUACGCUCACCACGCCUUAA